AGCGACAGAGCAAGAAAUGGGGGAGUGGUGGAUGAGAGAGAGGAAGCGAAGAAGAGAGUGAAAGGUUCCACACGGCAGAAUAUAAAUCUGUAUGUUAACAGGACCAAAGCUAGAGGUUCCCGAAGCGGCUUCAGUGGUUAUGCUGGUGGGGGGUGGACAUCAAGAGGUGGUCUUCCCUGUUAACUGAGGAUCUGUGCAAAUAAGGAAGUAAAACCCGUGGGAGCCGUGAACGCCGGUUGUCAAGCACAGUGGUGGGCUGGUCGGAGGUCUGUGACCCCCUCAUUUUUAUUUCCAGAAGACAGAAGAAGAGCAAAAAAAGGCACGAGCGAAAGAGGAAGGUAGCUGCGAGGGACCAGUGAGCCAUUUCUCUCUUUUAUGACUUCCAUUCACAAAACCAUUGCAUCCCAUUAUCACAGCGAUGUAGAGGCAUUCUCUUCGGUUAGAGGAGGAAGGGUCCCAUUGACUGCUGAGGCUUAGCACCUCUCUCCAAGCGCUAGCCCUUUUCAUUGCGGUCCCCCCCCCCCCCCCUCAUCUCUCGCCUCUAUCCUUUACGUCUGCUGUUUUCUCUGUUCUCUCUUUACUUGUCCCUUGUAUUCUUGUCCCUUUUCACUGCACUCAGGAAUCAGGAAGCAUUGCGUUCUGGUAGAAGUGGGUGUUUCUGGAGCUGUCAUUGUGUUUGGUGCCGCUACAAAGGACAGCUGAGCAGGGAGUCAGAGAGACAGCUUUUGGUGAUAAUAAAAUAGCAGCCUGAAAGAACAGGGGGGACCUGGGACAACAGGAACAGCUGACCGCCAGUGGAAGGUGAAUUGUGAUGAAAAAGAAAACUGUUACAGAGACUGACAACCAUUUUAAGGUAGCUUUUUAUUGACACCAUCAACACUUCUUGAGGAAAUAAAGAAGCAGCGUGCCAAACCAACACUGCCGGCUGGAUUCUGCUGUUGCUAAGCAAAGUCUUUAACCUGAAGUUCUUGAGCACUCUACAGCCAUGAAAGAAAGCUCAGCGGAAAGCAUUGAAAGCACCAGGCCCUCCAACCUGCAAGCUUUUGCCAACAUAUCAACCCUACAUGGCAUGAGUCACAUUUUCGCCUAUGGGCACAUGACAUUCCGUCGGUUUCUUUGGAGUAUUUCCUUUCUUGGUUCACUAAGCUUACUGAUGCUGGUGUGCAUGGAUCGAGUGUCCUAUUACCUGGAGUAUCCUCAUGUAACCAAACUAGACGAAGUGGCGGCACCGAACCUCACCUUCCCAGCCGUUACCUUCUGUAACCUCAACGAGUUUCGCUUCUCCAAAAUCACGAAGAAUGACCUGUAUCAUGUGGGAGAGCUCUUGGCCCUCCUCAAUAAUAAACACGAAAUAGCCAACCUACACUUGGCUGAGCCCGAGGUGCUGGCUGCCCUCAAGGAUAAGGCAAACUUUCUGAGCUUUAAGCCCAAACUAUUCAACAUGACUGACUUCUAUAAUCGUACGGGUCAUGAUAUCGGGGAAAUGCUACUGCAGUGCACCUUUCGAGGAGAGGAUUGCUACCCGAUGAACUUCACCACAAUUUACACACGCUAUGGAAAAUGCUACACUUUCAACUCUGGAAUAGGCGACAACCCCUUGUUGACCACGUUGAAAGGCGGCACGGGGAACGGCUUGGAGAUCAUGUUGGACAUUCAGCAGGAUGAAUACCUUCCUGUCUGGGGAGAGACAGAUGAGACCUCCUACGAAGCAGGCAUCAAGGUUCAGAUCCACAGCCAGGACGAGCCGCCCUUCAUUGACCAACUGGGAUUUGGUGUAGCCCCUGGUUUUCAAACUUUUGUGUCAUGUCAGCAGCAACUGCUUCAGUACCUCCCUCCGCCUUGGGGAGAUUGCAAGUCUACUCCCAUAGACUCUGAAUUCUUCUCCACGUACAGCAUCACCGCCUGCCGCAUUGACUGUGAAACUCGGUACCUGCUUGAGAACUGCAACUGCAGGAUGGUUCACAUGCCUGGGACCUCAACAGUUUGCACACCUGAGCAGUACAAAGACUGUGCUGACCCAGCUUUAGACUUUUUGGUAGAGAAAGACAACGAUUACUGUGUCUGUCAGACCCCCUGCAACAUGACUCGCUAUGGCAAGGAGCUGUCCAUGGUUAAGAUCCCCAGUAAGGCCUCUGCUAAAUAUCUGGCUAAGAAAUUCAACAAAACUGAGCAGUAUAUUGGAGAAAAUAUACUGGUAAUGGACAUCUUCUUUGAAGCUCUGAAUUACGAGAAGAUUGAGCAGAAGAAAGCCUAUGAAAUUGCCGGGCUCCUCGGUGAUAUUGGAGGUCAGAUGGGACUGUUCAUCGGAGCCAGCGUCUUAACUAUACUGGAAAUCUUUGAUUACUUGUAUGAGGUGUUUAAGGAUAAGGUGUUGGGCUACUUCAUUCGCAAGAAACGUCCUCAGCGUUGUCAGAGCGACAAUCUGGAGUUUCCAGAGAACCCAACCAGCCCUGGUGUCACGCCUAAUCAUGCCCCCAGAGCACCUGUGACACCCUGCGGAGUCACUCCGACAGUCUUGGAUUCACGCCGAACAUGUUACCUCGUCACCCGACUCUAGGCAACUUCGAGGAGUUUGCUUGUUGACAACAUAAAGAAGGGGUUGGGGGUGGUGGUGGCACAUCCGGGGACUUGACAGCAAACUGUGACUUAAUUUAUGUAUUUAACAGAAACUGUUUGAGUAUACUAUAGUAGAAUUUAUCAAUGCCUGAAUAGAAAUAGAGUUCUAUCAUCAGAAGAAAACAAAAAAAAGAGAGACCACUUCCUAAACAGAACUCAGGUUUAACUGCCAUGUCAAGGCGUCUGUGUUAAUUUAUUCAUGUUUCAUUUUGUUUUUCUUACGCUCUCACUUUUGAGUUUACAAGCAGAAAAUAGAACUAUGUUUAGAAAAUGCUUUCUGAACUGUGAUGAGGUGUAGCACUGUUCUGCCUGCAUUGCUGUACAAACCUAAAAGAAAAAGAAAAUUGGAAUCUGCAGCAUCACAGUUUCUCAACAGUGUUACAUCUGCAGCAUCCAACACAUGCUGUAGUGAGUGACCUUAUACUGUCACCAGUUUGAACAGGAGAGCCCCUUUUCAUCUCAGUGAGCUGAUGUUGGAUAAAAGAGCGGCUCAAUCCUGAAUCACAUCACUAGACUGGGGUUUAAUGUUGCCUUCUGCUACUGUGAGGCUCUGAGUUAUGAAUUUAAAUGACUGUGCUUAAUACAUUUCAAAAGAGAAAGGGAACAUAAUAUUUGUAUACAUGCAAGUAUCUAGUUAGGUUUCACAGGGAUGGCAGAAACUUGGAUGGGUUUGUUAACUUAAGUCACUUUCUACAUGUAGUAAGGGUUAAUUAAAGAGUCAGGAGGCCCGAACAAGGCUAUUGAUUGUAUCUUUAUAUCCUGACGUUUCUAUUUUCAUUGUUUUUCCAUUUUUUUGGGAUGACGUUGCUGUGCUGUGAAAAUAAUUCCCUUAUUUACAUGAAUUAAUUAAAAGAGAAACACUCUGGUUUCCCUUUUGCCUUUUUAAUAAAUCCUCAGAACCAGUUUUUCCAUUACUGUGUCUUAAAGGUGUCCAUCAGCACAACCCCCCGUGAUAGUAACCUAUUCUCUAUUGAACAUAAGAAAACCUAAAGAGGUGUGUUGGGGACAUUCCUUAACUUGACAGAAACUUGUAAAUACUCACAAUCAGAUGCCAUGAAGAAAUUCUAUACUGCUUAUGUGAGACAUUUGUCAAAUAUAUACUGUAUAUAUAUGUCAAUAUAUCUAAUUAUAGAUAUAUAUAUAGAGGAAGAUAAAGUGUUCUCCUUUCUGUUCUUACACCAGAGAAGGAACUUGGACUUUCUAUCUGGGUGGACCGUAAGUGUCUUUGAGUUUCUGGUGAUUAUAGCGAUCCACUUUAUUAGAUACAGGAGAAUUGCCUCAAAACAUUCGAAACCACCUCGCACAUCAGCCCCAUUUACUACAAUUGAUUUAUAGCGGAAAUGCAUUGUAAGAUUUUAACAUUGUAUCAUUUUAUUAUUAUUACUCCAGAACAUGUAAUAAGUCACAAAUAACAGUUUGUGAUGUAUAAAUGAACAAGUAUAAUAAACUCAAUAUUUACCCAUCUUA